AUUUUAACCACUGUAUCAGCAAUGCUCACAUUAUGGUGUUGGACAGUGUUGCUGUAUUUUUUCACGCCUGUCUACUCAGCCGCAACGACCAAUGACAAAGAAUGCACGGUUCACUCUGAUGAUGGAAGAUAUUAUGAUCUCAGUCCAUUGAGCGCAAGCAAGGACUACGAAUUCAAAACUGACCAAGGGCACAAAAUUGUCAUGAACGUAUGCAAGGCGAUCUCCUACGAAAGCUGGGGCUCAGAUAUUCCCAAUACUUCCAAGGUGGGCGGAAUCAUCGAGAAAGAACGCGGCAGCUUUUCGAUUGGUGAAAAGAACACUACACUUGUGUUGUCCUCUGGCGCAAACCCGAAGAUUGUUAUGGAAAACGGUUCUCGCUGCAAAUCCGAAAACGGCCAGUCCAAGAAUGAUAGGGCAGGAACUAUAGUCGAAUUUAUCUGCGAUACAUCAGUGUAUGGCUCUGGGACCCCGCGACUCACUGCCCAAUGGCCUCCUCAUAACGAUGAAUUGGCUUGCGUGUUCUUCGUUGAAUGGAGAACGCAUUAUGCUUGUCCAACUGGUGAAAGUGGUGGUCCUUGGGGAUUCUUUGCGGUUUUUGCAAUCUUGGUGACGCUCCUCGUAAUGCUAUACAUAGUCUUUGGAACUCUUUACAACCGUUACGUUCUUCAACUACGUGGAUUUGACCAGAUACCGCAGUUCUCCAUUGAGGCCAUGAAGUAUCAUGGCCGAGAAGCUUUAGGCUGGUUCCGUGAUAUAAUGGGGCAACUAUAUGAAGGAGGCCAAGGAAGUGGAUGGGGAAGCAAUGUACCACGCACCUGGGGCGGGCGUACAAACCCUAACACCGGAUUUGGUGUCGGCAGUCAACUUCCUCCUGGUCGAGCUAACCCUCGCGCCAACACUCGAAGCGGUGCAACGACGAAUUCUUUCAGUCACCAAGCUCAAGUUGACAUUGGUGGUGGUGGAGAGUCAACUAAUGUCGUUGAUGUACCUGGCGGGGGAGUGGGUGGUUUCAUGAGGCCAAACUCGGGCACGAAUACGACAAACAAGCAAAAUCAAACAAAAUCUACUCAGCCACCCGCACCCCUACCAAUAUCACCCGCACCUGUGAUGGUGAAGAAAUACGAGCCAGGUUCUUCUACAGCAGAAGAAAGAACGUUCAUGUUAGGUGAUGAUGAAGAAGAAGAAGACGUGAUUGCUACUCCGAUGACCGCAGCGGCUCCUCCCGCUCAUCCUUCAGAAGACAAUACUAAUCCUCCAGCUGCGUCAGAAUCUGCAGCUCAACCUCGUGGGCGAGAUUUAGGCGAAGAGGGUACUAUUCGGCUAUAGCUUUCUAUACCUUUUGUAUUUCUUACUAUUUACUGAACCCGGUGAAGAGGCAAAGCAGUGU